AUGGGCCCUCGAUCCUUCGUGAUGGCCAAACCGCUGGUGGGCCCUGGCGUCGUCACCGUCACCCGCAAACCCGGAACCCACGCCCUGUCCAUCCGCACCGACUCGACCGUCUCGUCUUCGCCCACGGCCUCGCUGGCCGACUUUGAUGCCCGCGACGUCAAGAUGGCCAUGACCGACUGCCAGCCCCAACCAUUGACCGUCUCAAUACCCAAGAACAUCCCCAGUCCGCAAUGCCGGAAACCAAACCUGCAGGAGAUCCUCAGCAACACCGCCCCGCCGCCCUACACCCUCACCUCCUUCAUGGCCUUCCUGUCACAGAACCACUGUCUCGAGAACCUCGAAUUCACCAUGGACGCCUCCCGCUACCGCAAGCACUACUCCAAGAUGGUCAACCGCCAUCCCGGCAGCCCCGUCUCGCCAUUGUCCGAAGAGUGCGGCUACGUGCUGAUGCUCUGGCGUCGUCUAAUUGAUGCCUACAUCCGCGAGUCCGGCCCACGAGAAGUCAACCUUCCCGCCGAAGUCCGCGACAACCUGCUGAGCCUCUCCGACUCAUACGUCCCACCCCACCCAUCGUCAUUAGACAGUGCCGUGGCCAAGAUCAACGAGCUCAUGGAGGAGAGCGUACUGGUCUCAUUCCUCAACUCGGUCAGCCCACAGAGCGCCCACCCUGCUCUUGGCCACGACAGCUACGCCGGUAGCAACAUCUCGCGCUCAUCAACCCGCAGCUACGAGGAGCGGAGUAUGCUCUCCCGCUCGUCACAGCCGCCGGUGCCUGCCCACCAACGAGCGUCAGCACCGUCAUCACUGACGUCUGGCUUCAUGGCCUCGAGACCCUUCUCACACUCUCGCUUCCACUCCCAGCCGACCUCUUCCGGUCAAGCACACACUCGUGUUACAUCUGGCUACACUAGUGGCAGCGAUGCAUUGACCGAUGACUCUGGCAGCGCCAGCAGCCCGUCGGGCAUGAGCGACCCACUUACACCUCCGGGCACACCGCCCAUGAGCGAUUACCCCAUGGCCGACUUCCAUCAAGCCUACUACGACACUGGCUCGAAUAGCGGCACCCCCAGCCCUCGCAACAGCCGAGGAGAGCACAACGGCCUCGCCAGCGCUACCCGGGAUAGCUGGAAGCGAGUAAGCAGCAAGCUCUGGCCCAAGAAGAAGAGCGGAGGCCAGCUCCGAGACGACGAACCAGGCGUUGUUGAGGGUGGUUUGUUCUAA